UGAUGCCGAUUAUGAUGCUAUUGUCCUCAACAAAGAGAGCAUGUUUAUUGCCGAAAUGUAUAACUACUUUGUACCCAAGUACUACACCAAUGCUACACUGGGUAGCUGGGAUGUGGCUAAAGGAAGCAUCAUUCUCUCAUUCUCUGUGAAUGGCUAUGGUCCUGAUGUUGAGAGUGUCCUUAGUGAAAUUUAUGAUGAGGUUUCUAGAGACCUGCUCCUAACCUUUGAUGGUACAGACAUCGUGGCACGUAGAGAGAUGACAGUGGAUGGUGAGCAGUAUCUUGGUGGACCGGCACCUCCUGCUGCACCAAAUGGUGACACGACUAUUAUCAUAGCUGCAGCUGCAGGCUCUGUUGCUGUAGUUGCCAUAGUGAUCAUUGUCAUUGUUGUUAUCAUGAUGAAAGGAAAGAAAUCUAAGGGCAAAGUUUCGCCCAGCGCAGCUGAUCUCAGUAAACUAUCUGAGGACCCCACUCCUGGUAGAUCUGAGACGCCUGUCAUGCCAUUCAGAGGAGACAGGAUUGUUGAAUCUGGGGAUGAACCUGUCACUAAAGAUGUGUUUAAGAAACUGACGCCCUUACCGGCUAUUAACACCGGCCAUACCUUCAAUAGCAUGGCCCCAAUGGGGACUUUGUAUGAUCAACAGGAGCAUAACGAUGAUCUUGAUGACUUAUAAACCGUCGUGUACUGUUGUGUAGUUGUGGAUAUGUAAAGACCUCUUGUAGUUAUAAACCUAUAUGAUAGUGUCAAUUUUAAAUCAUGUAGUUUUUUGAAUGUUCAGCAUUAUGCCAUGACGUACAGCAGACUAGUGACCAUGGUUAAUCGUUUUAAAAACGAACACUCAUUGUCGUUAUUCAAGUGUUAAUGUACACUGUUUGCACAUAUCCUGAGAAUCAACUUAAUUUACAGCAGUUGUUCCAGUGUAAUUCUAUUUUAUAUUGAUAUAUUCAUCUUGUAAACUUCAUUUUCCCAGAUUGAGUCCAUUUAAAUUAAUUUGCUAAAAACGGUAAAUUGUGAAUUGAAUAGGAUGACUCUUAGGGAAAUAAUGUGCAACAAUCAUUAAAUAUUGUGCAUAAUUCAACUGCUAGGCGUUUGAAAUCUAUCUAGCUUUCAGAAGUGUGCCGUAGCUUACUAUUUUAUCAAGGUGAAAUGAAUCAGAAAUGUUCUCUUCAAUUAAUAAUUGUCAUAGACGCAUUGUACCUUCACUACGUAUUAUUAAAAAUAAAAAUAUUUGUAGUAGUAAAGAAACAUC